UCUGCGUGUGCUGCGCGGCCGUGCGCUCCCCUAAUCUGACAGAUGAACACCGCCAUGGGUUUGCCGCAACACAAGCAAAAGCACCUUUGGGGGCUGUGGCGAGGGAUUGAAACCGGGAUCUAAAAGGAGAAGAGACAAGAAAGGGGGAAGUCCGAGGGAGAAAGAGGAAGAAAGAAGAAGAGGAGGAAGCUGCUAAGAAGCCCCCGCUUGCCGUUUUGGGGAUAUGGUGGCAGAUUUGGUCUCUUCUGAGCUCCUUGCAGCUUCUGGGCAAUUGGGACAUUGAAUUUGGCGGAAAGUUACCAUUCAUUCCCUGGGAUUGUACCUACCUUUGCUCUCCUCAUCCCCUCCCGCACUCCCCUUCCCUCUGAUAAAACUCCAGGGCACUGUGGUAUUGCUAUGGAGUCCAGGGAGACUUUGGGCAGCUCCCGGCAAAGGGGGGGUGAGGCAGACUUUCUGCCAGCUGCCGUCACCUCCGCGAAGCCUCCGCCUGCCUCCAUCUGCACUGGGGACACGAUGCUGCCUGCGGCGGGCUCAGGGAAAGGGAUCCCAGUGAGUGGUGAGAGGCUGGAGCCUGAGGAAGAGGAUGAGCUGGGUUCUGGGAGAGACGUGGAUUCCACUUCCAACGCAGACAGCGAGAAAUGGGUGGCAGGAGAUGGCCUGGAGGAGCAGGAAUUUUCCAUCAAGGAGGCUAACUUCACGGAGGGGAGUUUAAAACUAAAGAUCCAGACCACCAAGAGAGCUAAGAAGCCCCCAAAGAGCUUGGAGAACUAUAUUUGCCCUCCUGAGAUCAAAAUCACCAUCAAGCAGUCUGGGGAGCAGAAGCUUUCCAGAGCUGGGAAAAAUAGCAAAGCAGCUAAAGAGGAGGACAGAUCACACUCCAGAAAGAAGGGAAAAUUCAUUGGAGAUGCAAAACUGCUUAUGAGUUGUGGUUGCAGAAAAGGGAAAAAUGCUCAAAAAGACUCAGAUCAGAGUCAGAUGAAGAAUUUGGGAAGAGAGUGUGGGUUCCCUGUGCAGAGUCCAGUGACGAAAUCUGUGAACAAGGUUUAUGACAGGCAACAAAAGCAUUCUGCUCUGCACUAUGACCCGGGCCUCCAACAAGACUUCACCAGUGACACCUUAAAAUCAAAGCACCAGCAGAAAAGUAGUAACCAGCACCACCUUGACUGGUCAGUGAGCUCUGAUACUGGAUCCGCUUCUCAAAGUUGCUUCAUCAACACAGAACCUAGUAAAGAAGCAGUCAGUGCCACCAAGGUCUCCACUACGGAGCCAGGAGUUCCCUUCAGUAAAUCCCAAGCAAAAAAGUCCUGCACCAGCAGCACGUGGGGGCAGCUGUCGGCCAGCAGUAAAGAUCUUGCCAUUUGCAGCGCAGUCCCAUCGCCCAACAACAUCAGCACGGCCGCCCAGCUGAGCAGCGCCGCAGAGUGUAAUGGGCUUUUGCCUCUCAGUGACCAGGAGGGGGGUGGGCAGCUGGAGGCCCCUGAGCAGCCUGCCGGCAGUAUGAAGAAGAAGUCCAUCAAAAAGGACUUGAUAAGUCAAACCAUCCAAACCACAGAAAUCGAAUGGGUGAAGAGUGCUCAAAAAGCAUAUGACAGCAUGGAAGGGAAAAAGGAGUCUUACUUGAUGGACAGUGUGUUGGAUACAUCACUCUCGAAGCAGAAUCCCACUUCUACUAGCAGUUGUGAAAGUGACACCAGUCGUGUACGAAUUACUAUCCCAAUAAAAUCUCCAACAGCAGAUACAUCUGGCCACAAAAGGAAAAAAAGGCAAUCCACAAAAUCUUCCAUAGAGAAAACCAUCCAGAAGAAAAGCCUGCCUUCUGGACUCAUCAUGAGCAGUGAAGUAGCAAACAGGACUAGCUCUCAACCAGAGGGGAGUAAAAAAGAUCUUCGAGCCACAAAGCCAGGAAAAGUGAUUGAAAAUGAGUCUCCCUUGAUAGCUAUUGACAGCGGUGUGCUCACUGACAAAGCUUCCCUCAACAGUGCCACUAGACUCAGAAAAUCUGUAGCUGUGACUUCCACUCUCCUACCCACCGAUCUUCCUGCAGCUGGCAAAUUAUCUGAGGUCCAGCACCCUAAACAUGCAGCUAAGCGGCGAUGGACCUGCAGCAAGCCUAAAUCUAUCCUUCGAGAGACCUCCAUGACAACAUCUGAGAAGCUGAUGGUGGAGCCUCCUUCAGCCUACCCCAUCACACCAUCCAGCCCUCUGUAUACCAAUACAGACAGUCUUACUGUGAUCACACCUGUCAAGAAAAAAAGAGGACGACCAAAGAAACAGCCUUUGCUCACUGUUGAAACCAUUCAUGAGGGAACCUCCACCAGCCCAGUGAGUCCAAUCAAUCAUGAAUUUCCAGGAACAAAGAAAAGGAAGAGGAGACGGAAUCUGGCCAAGUUGGCCCAGAUGGUCCCGGGAGAGGACAAGUCCAUCGGUGAACUCAAGUUUCACAAAAAGGUUGGGAAGCUUGGGGUCUUAGAUAAGAAGACCAUCAAGACCAUUAAUAAAAUGAAGACCCUCAAGAGGAAGAAUAUUCUCAACCAGAUCUUGUCCUCCUGCUCCAGCAGCAUAGCUCUGAAAGCAAAAGUCCAGCCACUGUCUAGUGCUGGGCCAACCACCAUUGAUGCCAGACUAGGAAAGCAGAUCAAUGUCAGCAAGAGGGGGACUAUCUACAUUGGUAAAAAACGAGGCAGAAAGCCAAGAGCAGAGCUGCAGCCUCAGCCAGAAGAACCUAAGACAGCCAUCAAGCACUCAAGGCCUGUUUCCAGCCAGCCAGAAAACCCAGCAGUGCCUUCCAAUCUGCAGUCACUUGUGGCAUCGUCACCAGCAGCUAUUCAUCCGCUUUCGACACAGUUAGUGGGGACUAAUGGCAACCUUAGCCCUGCAAGCACUGAAACAAAUUUUUCAGAGUUAAAAACUAUGCCAAAUCUUCAACCUAUCAGUGCUCUUCCUAUGAAAACCCAGAAAGGAAUGCACAGUGGAACUUGGAAGCUGUCUCCACCCAGGUUAAUGGCUAAUUCACCUUCCCACCUCUGUGAAAUAGGUUCUCUGAAAGAAGUCACGCUGUCGCCGGUGAGCGAGUCUCACAGUGAGGAAACCAUACCCAGCGACAGUGGGAUAGGUACGGACAACAACAGCACUUCUGACCAAGCAGAGAAAAGCUCAGAAUCCCGCCGAAGAUACUCUUUUGAUUUCUGCACCCUGGACAACCCAGAGGCUAUCCCAUCUGACACCAGCACAAAGAACAGGCAUGGUCACCGGCAGAAACAUCUCAUUGUGGAUAACUUUCUCUCUCAUGAGAGUAUUAAAAAGCCAAAGCACAAGAGGAAAAGGAAAAGCCUGCAGAACAGAGAUGACCUCCAGUUUCUGGCAGACCUUGAGGAACUCAUCAAUAAGUUUCAAGUGUUCAGGAUUUCCCAUCGAAGUUACACAUUUUAUCAUGAAAAUCCAUAUCCCAGCAUCUUCAGGAUUAAUUUUGAUCACUACUACCCUGUGCCAUAUAUCCAGUAUGACCCAUUGCUCUAUCUUCGCAGGACCUCUGACAUGAAGUCUAAGAAGAAGCGUGGUAGACCUGCCAAAACCAAUGACACCAUGACAAAGGUGCCUUUUUUACAAGGGUUCGGUUACCCUAUUCCCAGUGGGAGUUACUAUGCACCCUAUGGAAUGCCUUACACAUCAAUGCCUAUGAUGAAUCUUGGUUACUAUGGUCAGUAUCCAGCUCCUUUGUAUCUGUCUCACACGCUCGGAGCGGCUUCCCCAUUUAUGAGACCUACCGUGCCCCCACCCCAAUUCCAUGCAAGCUCUCAUAUGAAGAUGUCCACCACUGCCAAGCAUAAAGCGAAACAUGGAGUGCACCUACAAACACCUGUGGGAAUGGGCCUCGGAGACAUGCAGUCCUCUUUGGCUCCUCCAAAGGUUGGAGGAACAAGCCUUUCCAGUGGCCGACUUCACAAAAGGAAACACAAACAUAAGCACAAGCAUAAGGAUGAGCGGCUGUUAGGGACACACGAAGAUCUGAGUGGUCUCUUUUCUAGCAAGUCCACUGGCUUCUCCAGCCAUGUGAUCAAUGAAAGGCUAAGUGGCUCAGAUAAAGACCUCUCCUUGCUCCAUGAGAAAAGCAAGCAUAAGGAGAAGCAGAAGCACCAGCAUUGUGAAACUGGACACAAAGGCUCAAAGAGUAAUUUUGAAGUGGAUACGUUGUCUACAUUAUCACUUUCUGAUGCCCAGCAGUGGACGCAGAGUAAAGAUAAAAGUGACUCAAGCAAUGAUCCCAUUGACUCUUGCACAAAGAGAUACUCUGGUAAUACUGAGAGUAGUGGAAGGUCAGAGUCCCUGGACAUGUUUGGUGAAAUGAAUUCCUCGAGUGAGAAGCGGGACAAUGAUGCAAGUGGGAAUAAAAGGAGAAGCUAUGAAGGCUUUGGGACUUACAGGGAAAAGGACAUUCAGCCCUUCAGGACAAACAGGAAGGACAGAAGUACUUAUGAUUCUUCAGCCUCUUCAGGAAUUGCAGGUCCCCACUUAAAAGCAGACCAGACUUCCCUUCAUGGUAAAAUGGAAAGUUCUGCCUGUAAUAUGAUGACCAGAAGGAAACCAGCAGCUGUUGAUGGUGUUGCAAUGCCAACUCCAGUAUUAUCUCUCCUACCUUCAUCAUCAGCAACAUCUGAAGCAGCCAGCUCACCACUGAAAAAAAGGUUCAAGCGCCGUGAAAUUGAAGCAAUCCAGUGUGAGGUGCGCAAGAUGUGCAACUACACCAAGAUCCUGUCCACAAAGAAGAACCUGGAUCAUGUGAAUAAGAUCCUGAAAGCCAAGCGGCUGCAGAGACAAUCAAAGACAGGCAAUAACUUCGUCAAGAAGCGGAGGGGGCGUCCUCGGAAGCAACCCCUUUCCUUUGAUGAAGACUCCAGAGACCAAAUGCCCGUUCUGGAAAAAUGCAUUGACCUUCCCAGCAAAAGAGGUCAGAGACCGACACUCAACCCUUUGAUAUUGGAGCAAGCAGCCACUCAAGAUACAAUCAUGGCCACCAUUGAGGCCGUCAUACACAUGGCUCGAGAGACACCACCCCCGCCACCUCCUCUCCCUCCCCCCCCACCUCCGCCCCCUCUCCCUCCUCCCCGGAUGCCACGGAUUGGGAAAAGGAAAAGCAAGUCCCUACAGGAGGAAGAGGAGGAUAUGAAAGUGAAGCGGCACCGGAAAGGCAGAGGGAGUGAAAGCGAAGGCCUUCCCUAAGGCUGGCGCACCUUGUUGGAUGUCAGGUGCCAGUGGUGGGGCACGCCAGGACUGAGGGACGGGAGGCACACAGUCUGCUUCGCCUCUGCAGCAGCACCAGACUCACCCAUCCCUUUGGUUACCAGAACCCAUCACAGAGAGCUGUGCCAGCCGGAGUCCCCAUCUUCCUGUUCAUCACUUUGGCCCCAGCCCCCCCCAGGAAAGAGGGGGAAAGGGUGUGGGAAAGGUGGGGGCUAAGGGGAGCGGGGGGUGUGUGUCGAAGUUGGGGAGAGUGUCUACUUUGCAGAGUUUCCAAAACUAAUCAGCAUCUCAGCAUUGCUGUUCUUGUACUGUACCCGGAGGCAGGAGGUCAUCCUCACAGAGAGCUGAACAUCAUCACUAGGGCUGCAUGCUCGACUCUGAUUCUGUUUGGCGGGCCAGGUGAAACUAAGAGUAACCAUACCAUAGUAGAAAUCACUGUAAAAAAGAAAACAAAAAAAAGAAACAAAAAAACCCAACAAAAAAUAGUUUCAUUUUCUCAACUGUGAUCUUGGUUAUAAUCUGUUUGGAUUUUUUUUUCCAGUUUUAUAUACCUACCAGGCUUUGGGGCAACAUAACCCAAAAUGCCUGACUCCUGCUAGAACUAUAUAUUUCUUUCUCAUUUACUUGUCUAGUUACAACUAGCUGCAAUAUAGGCAACAGAAAAGUAGAGCCUUACACACACGCACACUCAUUCUGAGUGCUAUCCCAAGGAACAAUGGAAUAUCACAGCAUUUAAAAUAAGGUGUACAUGGAUAUUCAGUUACGAUAGCACGUUUCUAUGAAGCAACUUGGCAUUUUCAAUGAAAUGUCAAAAAGGGGUCAUCCAUCAACCAAGUUGUUUUAAUGCUCGGUACAAGAGUAGAGAACAGCAAGACACUUCUGGGGAAUAGAGUUAUAGUAAACAUGGACAAAAUCAUCAAAAAAAGAAUAUAAAAAAUAUAAAAGAAAAAAAAAUAGGACAGAAAAAAUAGAGUAAAAAGACAGGACCCAAACCUACCAGUUCUUACCACCUGCACUUGCCAGUGAAAUUGAUGGGAAACGCAGGAUCUGAAUAAUUUGCAUUGGGUAGCAAUGCCUUGAUAUCUUUUAAAGAAAACAGAUUAAGUAGAUUGUUUUAAAAAAAAUAGAGAGCAAAACCCUAUGGAAAAUAGGUUCUUUCUUGGAAAUUAUAUCUUAAAAUAGAAAAGGAAUAAGUGUUCUUAUUUGAAAAUAAAAUAAAAAUGUUCAAAGGGUAUCACCACUGCAAUUGUAUUAAUGCCACUUUGGAUAUGUUCUCCAAGUUGUGGUUGCCUUAAUAAACUAAAAAAAAAUAAUAAUUUUUUUUUCUUGUACAUAAUGUAACUAUAAAGCUCUCAGUCUGCGUGGAUGCAAACUGUGUAACAAAUCGUCUCUUUAAAUGGUCAGUUUGAACUGUACAUUUCUCAUUCGAGUUGUACAUUAGCCAUUGAUUUAACUUGGGUAAAAUACCCAAGCUCCAUUUCCACAGCUCAGUUAAAAUGUUUAACUAAAACAAAGACUGAACAUGAAACUGUUCCAUUGCAGUAACAACGCUUUUAAAAAAGAAGUCCGUUGUUGAAAUUUGGAAAUAAGUACUUUCAACUUUCUUUCAUUUCUUUUUAAAGUCCUUCCCUACUCUCAACACCUGGCAUGGCAAGAUGGAUAUUAAAAUGGGAGGGGGAGGGAAAAUUCCAGCAAGGGAGCAGGGACUGGAAUUAUUUAAAGAUUCACAAGCCAACUGCUAUUCCCUUUUUUGAGAAAUCUUUGAACUGGCUUAUUUCCAAGGAAACUUCAAAUAGCAUGACACUAAAAAAAAACCAAACCAACCAACAAACCCAACAAAAAAAUUUCCCCGCAAAAAAUAUUGUGUUUCUAUUAUGUUAUUUAUUUACAAAAAUCAUAUCAAGACUAUGGUGUUAAAGGGACACUGUAAACAUACAGCUCAUUAUUUUUAGAGACUGAUUUUUCUUCUGUGAUAGCACCUUAGUUUAUUAAAACUGAAUGCAUUUGGGGUUUGGAUUGGGUUGGGAGGCUGGGAGAGGGGAUUUAUUUUUUUUGUUUUAAAGGCUGGAACAAAUCUUGAGAUCCUAUCUUCUUAAAACUGAUAGGGAUCACAGAAUUUUGUUUCCAAUUUGUUUCACAUCAUUCAUCAUACUCAUUUGCGCUUUUUGCUUUCCAAUUAAUGCAGCUUAGAAAUAAACUGGCCGGUCGCUCGUUCUCUUGCAACCAAUUAUGCUUUUCAGUUCUCUUGAAUUAGUACAGUGUUAUCGACCAAAGUUGUCGGCCUGCAGAAAAAAAUGCUUAAGCUUCCUUCAGCUCCUCCCUUCUUCCUUCAAAAGCAUUGGACUGAGGUUUAGUUGAUUUAGAAAUCUCUUGUUUUUUCCAUCUCUCCCUUUGGCAUGAAAGUAGGUGACAGUGUCGCUUAAAACAUAGGAAAAACUCUAAGUUUGGUAUUACAGGUAGCCCGUAAGAUGAAACUAAGCCAAACACCUUAUCCUUUAUCUUCCGUGUUCCCUCUUUUAGCACUGAAGGACAUCUCAAUGUGUAGUGAGUGGAGCAAAGGUCUGAAAGGACCAAAUUCUGUCAUUGAAUGCCCAUCAAGCUUCUAGAGGUGUCAGGCCUUACAGAGCGCUGAUAAAGGCUGGAUUUGGACUGGACAAUGCACUGGGAUGCAACAACUCCCCCAGGGUAGGAUCACUGAAUGACUGCUGCCUCCCAUGCUCCCAAGCUUCUGGAAAAAAAAUGCUUUUACCCUUCCAAAAAUACUAUCCAAAAUGCUGCUGGAGGCACAGUGCUUAAGGAGAGUGUCCGCUGAGAGGGUACAGCCCCAUAUACCCUUCACUGAACAAAAAAAUAAAGACGUCCUUUUGGUCCUAGAGAAACUAAGUUCAAGACUUGGUAGCUGCAAGCUGUCAGCAUAGGAUGGGCUCUAUCCUGACGCCCAAGGACUGGUUUUUAUGGCAUGAAGGUGCUGGUAGAGCGUGAUGCAGCGGUAUAGCCUUGGUGGUUUGUCCAAACAACAGCCCAGUGCAGCCAGUCCUGGCUGGUAGGAAAAUUAGCUUGUUAAUUAGUAUGAAAGCAGGCUGAAAAUACUGUUAGAUGCCACUCAGAAUUUGUAUUUUUUUGUUGCAUAGUCUAUAAAGAUGAUAAGCAGGUUGCUAACAGAAUAAUAUAAGGCGAUGUACUACAUGCAGAUCAUAAAGGAUUUAGUUUUAGGGCUUAAGGCUAAAAUCCCACUCCUGCAGUUUAUUACCCAACAAUAUUCCAGUAAUGAGCUUUUUGAUUAUUUUUUUUUCCCCUACCACUAGGAAGAUUUACUGAGGAACUCUAAAUUCUCUCCACACAUUUCAAGAACUGUAUAAAACUGGGGUGAAAGCCCUUUUGCUUAUUAAGACCAAAAAGACCUUUCAAACACCUCCGCUGUGUCACAGAUUAACACACAUCUUAGCAUGCUUCAAUAAAAACACAAAACAAAAUCAUGUGGCUCUGAGCCAUAUGAAAUGAGGCCACGGGUUUGCAUCCCCUCCGUGGGUCUUGUAUUCCUUAACCCAGCGUAAAACCGGGAAUAGGGACAAAUGUGUGGGGAGAGAAAAAAACCAAACCAAACCAACCAACCACUUCUGUCUCCAAGAGCUUCAUACUGCCAGUUUCUUGAGAUCCUUCAAAAUUAAAUUUUCUGUGAAGCACCUUGCAUGUUUUUGGGCAACUGUCAAAAAAAAAAAAGAAAAUAAAAAAUAAAGUAAGUGAUAAUAGUCAUCUGCUACUAGGGUAUCCUACAGCAUGGCCCAUGACUCUCCACUUGACAGCAAUGCUUUGGACCAUUCGUAUAGAAUAUUCUGUUUGUGUUGUUACAUUUUUUGGGUAACAUCUGUUGCAAUGAGGUGCUGGUUUGUCACUGGGGCUUCUGAGCACUACAGCAAUAUGAGAAAUAAACAGGAAUAGUUGUUCCGUACACAAAGAUUUCCCCAACUCUUAUUUUCACAGGCCCUGAUUCAGGACUGCACUUAAACACAUUUAAGUAGCAUCCUGAAGAGUAAAAAGAACAACAACAACAACAACAAAAAGACAAGAAAAAUAAUUUUAAAAAAACCCAACAAAACCAGGAUGGUUUUUUGAAUUAAGAUAAGAAACAUCAUGCCCUUGCAAUGCCUCUUCCUUCCGUAUCAUCCAAAAACUGGGGUGCAGCAGUUCUGAGAUAAUAAGAAGCACAUUUCAACAAAGGACACAUAUCUGAGAUCUCCUUAAGAUGCCUGCCUAGGUUGUAUAAAACACUAUGUAGAAAAAAAAGAAAAAGAAAAAAAAAGUAAAAACAUGAAAAGAGCUGCCAAUUGGACAACAUGGGGAAGCAGUUCAAUCCCAUUUUGGUUUGUUUUCUUUUUCUUUUUCUUUAUUUUUUUAAGCUAUUUCUUAAGUAAUAAAUGCACAUGAAGUGUUAAAUAUGUAUAUACUGUAUUUCAAAAAAAAUUUAAAAAAUCAAACAAAUGGGGCACAAGUUUGUUCUAUAAGUCGUGCUGGCUAAUUUUUAGUUUGUAUUCAUAAGUGGUUUUUAAAAGCCUUUUUUAAAGUGUAAUUUGCAUGUUCUACUUUGAUUGUAUGCAAACAUAUUUUAGAGAAAAAAAUUGUAUUUGUAUUUUAUUGACUAUAGAGGCAAGAAAAAAACUUGUACAUUGAAAUGUUCUUUUUGUAACAGUUUUUAUUCAUGAAGCAUUUUUGUACAUUUAAAAUUGGAUAUGGAAUUGAUGUUCUUUGAGGCUUAGAUACAUCUGGCAUGCUUUAAUGUCAUGCUCCUUCAUGAUCUUAGAUGUUGGUUUUUAAACAUUUUUUUCUAAAACAAAGCUCAGUCUUUUUGCUACCAAAUCAGGUUAGCACAGCAUAGAGCACUUAACUAAAAAAAAAAAAAAAAAAAGAAAAAAAAAAAAGAAAAAGGUUAUUCCUAUUCAUAUGUUAUUCAUUGUGUGAAAUUAAAGGAAUUCAAU